AAAGGCGCGGGGGUUGAACAACGCCGGCCUUGGUUUGAGACUCGAUCCGCGGGACGCAUCAGCGACGUAUCGAGUCCGUGACGCGAGAUCCGUGCGUCGGCGCGUGAACGUUCGAGAUGGAGGAGGUGCGACCCGCGUGCCCCGAGCGUCGGCAACCGUCCCGAGACAUUUUUCCUCGCGCCCCUCGUCCCCACCCGCGGCACCCGCGACGCUGACCGACCGCGCCUCCCGUCCCCGUCGCGCGCAGAAAUCGGAGGCGGAGAUCAUGAGGGAGCAGGAGGAGAAGCUCAAGGCCAAGUUCGGGGGUUUAGCGCCGAAGAAGAAGCUCAUCCACAAGGACGUCAAGUACUUCGACAGCGCGGACUAUUCCAUGCACAAGCAGAAGCACGAGGACGCCAAGGUGGAGGAGGACCUGCACCAGCCCUCCAAGCUCAACUCGUCGCCCGCCAAGCCCGCGGGGAACUGAGACUUCGGACCUCGGCGGACCUCCGAACGCGCCCCGUCCGCGGGACAGGGAAGGAGUCUCGCGCGAUCGUGCGUGUGCAACCAUAGCUACCUAGUGCGAACCAAUGGCGAAGGGGUUGGGGACGGGCGCGAGCAACGAAGUCGUCGGCUCGCGCCGCUUGUAACGACGCUCAUAACACUUUUC